AGUGGAUUAACUCUUACACUACCUCGGUUACAACCUCGGAGUUCACCCCAUAAAAUCCCAAACAGCCGUCAAUAAAUAAUAAUUAAAAUACUAUAUAAUAAUAAAUAUAAGUAAAUCAUCUCUAUAUUUUCGCCAAACAGAUCGGUGCCAUUCCGAACACAACCCAAUGAGUUACUAUAACCAACAACAACCGCCCGUCGGCGUUCCUCCCCAGCAAGGUUAUCCGCCGCCUGAGUCUUAUGGAAAAGAUGCUUACCCACCGCCGGGAUAUCCGCCGCAAGGUUACCCUCCACAGGCUUAUCCAGCACAAGGCUAUCCACCGCCUUAUGCUCCUCAGUACGCUCAGCCUCCUCCUCAACAAAAUUCAACCGGACCUGGUUGUUUAGAAGGCUGCUUGGCUGCUCUCUGCUGCUGUUGCCUCUUGGAUGCGUGCUUUUGAGGAGACAUUACUUUGCACAAAUUGGAUUGAUUACAAGUGUAUUUUGACUUUGAACACAUAAUGAUUAUUGUUCUUAUAGUUUCUUUUUCUUUUCCUUGUUGAUUGUUUAUUUGCUUUUAUGAAAAUGAAUUGUUAUGAACUACUCUGCUUCCAAAAUAUAUCAUAUUGCCUCCUUAAAUGAUUGGUUGGUUUUUUU